AUGCGUCGUGUGUGGCCCUGCCGGCGAGCACUUCGAGCUCGUAGUCAGCAACUACUACUACCAGCACGGCACACCUCUGACCAAAACCCGUCCCAUUUUCUUCCUGUCGGUGGAUUACGGACCUAAUGUACAGGCCACCUUCAGCAAACUGGGUGUGAGCAAUGUGCCUCUGGUGUGGUUCUAUGGCGAGAAUGGUGCACCCGGUGUGAGUGACAAAUUCGACGAUCUGUUCCGAAAAGGAGUGUCACACGAGUACUUCCGCAAUGCCAUCGUGCAAAAGACUGGAGAAGACUUUAAGGUCAGUAUUCCAAUCAACUGGGGCAAUUUAAUCAUCAUGUCAACCAUGUGGAUCGGUAUUGCGAUUGCUCUGUAUCUCUUCUUCCCUGUGGCCUUCGCGUUGAGAUACGCGCACUACGUGUUCUGCCUCGGUUGCAUGGGUGCCUGUCUGCUAUUCACCUCGGGCUACAUGUGGAAUGUUAUCCGAGGCGCAGGAGCGUACACCCGUGGACGUGACGGUAAAAUGACCAUCUGGGGCGGCGGAGGUCAACAAACCAUGUCCGAAUCCUACAUCGUCAUUCUAUGCAACGGUGUGGCGGCGAUUGGCUUUAUCCUGAUGAUGUUGAGCCCAAAAAUCAAAUGGGUGUCACCGACCGUCUCCACGGUUUUGUUUUUGGUCAUGGCCGCUGGGCUGAUGUCUACUGAGAUCUACCUCUACAGAGAACACAAGAAUGGGGGCUAUCCAUUCCGCCUAUUUUUCUAAAAUAAUCACUAUUAAUUGCAGUCUAAAGGCUAUGGUAUGGAUCCGCACUUUCUAGAAAAAGCGCGAAUCGUCCGGAUCACAGAGGGUGAUUAUUUAAGCAGAAUUUCAAUGGACUCAAAUGGUAUAUCACCAUAGUAAUAUCACAAUCGGGCGUGUAGUUACUGAAAUACGUGAGUUUUUCGGAAAGCUCGAUGUAAACCUGUAUGGAGUGGUGUAGUACAAAUGGACUACGCCGGCUCGCCGCAGGUGAGUGUAUUUAUAAGAAGGUAUCAUAGACUGCAAUAAACUAAAAAAACUCUUUGGAAAAUGAAGGGGCAGAAGGUGAUGGAAUGCAAGUGGAUUUUAUGUAAUUUUUAAAUCUUUUGCUAUGAAGGGCAAACGAUUGCAUAUCCAAUGAGCGUUCGUUGUCACAACAGGUGGUGAUCGUUUUCUUCUUUUUUUUAAAUAAUAAAAACCGGUCACACUGGUGACUGCACACAGCCACACAGUGACACACACGCACUUUCCUAUUUAUUUACCUUCUUGUGAGGCGGGUCUGGCGUGCUGCCACAUGUUGCCGUUGGGCAGUUCGGGUGUAAUUUUUAAUCUCUCUGGUGAGAUGGGGGCUCAAGACAUGCCUUCUUAAAAGUGGCUGACCAAUUUUAAUGACAACCCCGGCGGCAUGGGCCACUCCGAGUGUCUGGGAAUGUAGCUGGAUAAAAAAAAUGGAUUCGCCCCAGGGGCGGGGCCAGACCCCAAAGUCCCAAACUCAAAGCCCAGGCUGAAGGCUCCCAGAGUCCCAACUCCCAACUCUAAUAUAGUCCUAGUACAUUCGACAAUCAUUUCUGUGAGACGUCCAGGCUCCAGAUUCGGGAUUCCCCUGCAGAGAGGUUGAGAAUUAACAGUGCCAUGCAGAGUUUGUUGCGGAGUGCAGAGUGCAGUCGGCAGACUCUUGCAGAAUGCCGAGCCAGGUCCCCCGUCCCAGGGCCAGAGGUGUGGACGGUGUCAUCCUGCCAUCACUGUGGUCGGCAGACAAUGGACAGUGGUAAGUGGACACUGGACAGCGGGACAGUGGCGAUAUCAGGUUUGGACG